AUACCUCCCUUCCCAAACCAUUUGCGAACACCACCGUGAUGGCGGCGCUUGAAUGCAGCUCCGGAGGGCAGAACACGGGCGAGAAAUUGUUCAGUCAUCUCCUCAUGAGAGCCCGGCACCAGUCAGAGGCAUUCGGGCGAGAGCUGCCGGAGAAGAAAUGGCAGCGAAUGAGCCGUAACGUCGUUGCAGCCAUCGCCGCCCUAAGAAACUCACUCAACCUCAACGUCUCUAACUCUUCGCUCACGCACCUCUUUCCCGGCAGCCACAUCCCUGAGAAACUUCUCUCUGACAUUCGCCGCCAUUUCGAUUCCCUUCCCAAUAGCUACUCUCAAGCGGGAUUUGACAUUAAGGAGGUUUGCCUUCAUCUUGGAUUGGUCAGGCAGGCGGCCGACGAUGGUCAACCUGCCUUUCAGAUCCAGCGGAUCUCAGGUCAGGAUAACGUUUUCAAGAUUGUAUUCGUUUGCAAAUCAGCCUUCUCGUGGCCGACGAUGUCCGGCGCUAUUGGAGGAUCUGUGGUCUGCUUUAAGAAAACCCAAAUCUUUGAGAAAAAGGAGCUUACUCUCGGCGUCGUUACCGUCCUCAUCGAUGCUCGCUGCGAGAAGAAUUUCAAGUAUCGUAUCGAAGCCGCGCUUCGUUCGGCCGCUAAGAAGCAGCGGAACGCCGGCGUCAAGCUUCAUUUUCGCCUCUGUGGCUGCCAGGAAGAAGGCUUGGUGACCAACGAAAAAAAUUCUGUCUUUUCUGCGCCUUCGGAGAUAAACGCCUGCCCCAUUCGCCAGAUUCAUCUCCCAAACCCUCUUCCCGAGAUCAUCUGCUCCGGCGGUGCGGAACUCAGCCGGUGGCUUCUCAGAGCUGAAGAUAUCAAAUUCAUUGAAAGAGCUGGAAUCAAUUCCUUUAUCGGAACGUAUAAAGGGAAGAAGGUGUGGAUCAAGAAGCUGAAACGGUGUGAAAGGGGAAGCGCAUAUGAGAUCGAGAUCCAGCAGAAGUUGAUCGGGCUAAUGAGCUGCGGGCAUAAGAACUUGCUUCAGUUCUGCGGAGUUUGCUUCAAUGAGAGCAAUGAUGGGCUCUGCGUCGUGACUCGGCUAAUGGAGGGAGGAUCUGUCCAUGAUUUGAUACAAAAAAAGAAGGUGCGGGUCGGGGAUAUUAUGAGGAUUGGAUUAGAUGUCUCUGAGGGGCUCUUGUUCAUGAACAACCAUGGAAUGGCUUACAGAGAUCUCAACAGGCAGAGAAUUUUGUUGGAUGAAGAAGGGCGUGCUUGCCUUGGUGACAUGGGCAUUGUUUCUACUUGCAUGAAUCGAAGGCAGGCCACAGAGUAUGAGACUGCUGGAUAUCAGUGGCUAGCUCCAGAGAUAAUAGCUGCUGACCCUGAGAACAAGACUGAGACCUGGAUGAGCAAUGUGUACAGUUUCGGUAUGCUGUUGUGGGAGAUGGUAACUGGAGAAGUAGCAUACUCUUCUUACUCGCCAGUGCAGGCGGCGGUAGGCAUCGCCGCCUACGGAAUGCGGCCGGAGAUCCCGAAGGAUUGUCCUCCGAUUCUGAGGUCGCUUAUGAUAAGGUGUUGGAACAACUUUCCAUCAAAGCGGCCUCAGCUCUCUGAAAUUGUUGCCAUCCUUUCGAAGCAAAAGAUUUCAGUGGGAUAGCUCAUGCUGUAAGCUACCCCGCUGAAAUGACGUGUGACUGUUUCAUAAAAGCAACUUUUUAAUAAAAAAUAUACUAAAAAGCUGCUUUAAGAAUCAGAAAAAAAGCCGUCCCAAAAGAAUCUAAGUUGCUUUGUUCAUAUCGGUGAUCGUCAUCUCUAUCUCCAGUUUCCUUGUCAUGCACAAUAGUUUCAAAUUUGCCUUCCAUUGAU